UUGUCUUCGAGGUCGAUCCAGCUCGAGUUUUUGCUUUUCAUAAAAAUCUGUGUUCCAGAUGAAAGUGUUCAGUUGAUCUCCGGUGUAUCGUAACGUCGUUGCGUUGUUGUCGCCUUUCCUUUCUCGUCACCACCUCUGAUUGAUAUUAAUUUAUUUUAUUGUCUUCACUGGGAGUCUAUCAACAUGGCCGCGGCUAAUCCUCCAACGGAAACGAAAAGCUUUCGUGAAAUUGCCUCAAUGGCCAGCAACAGAGCCAUGAAAGGUGGCCUCACUGGCGCGGCCGCUCAGGUCGUCAAUGUCCUCGGUCUCAUGGGUUUGCGUACCACCAUGAACUACCAGAUGGCGAAGGGUGGUACCAUGGUUGGUACAAUGAAGCUGCUCUAUAAGGAGGGAGGAGUUCCACGUUUCUACCGUGGUCUUGUCCCGGCGCUGGUCCAGUCACCCAUUGCCCGCUUUGGUGAUACCUUUGCCAAUGCUGGUGUUCUGACCGCCCUGGAUGCGUCGCCAAGAUUCUGCAAUAUGCCACUGGCUCUGAAGACCGCUGUUGCAUCAGUAUCGGCUGGAGGCAUGCGUAUCUGCCUUAUGCCCAUCGAUGCAUGGAAGACGAACAAGCAGGUGCACGGUGAAGGUGGCCUGCAGUCACUGAUGAAGAAGGUUCAGACCUACCCCAACCGUGGACCUGCCAACCUCUAUGGCUGGACGUCACUGUGGCACGGCGGACUGGCCGCUGCCUCAGCCACUGCUGUGGGACAUUGGCCUUGGUUUGUGACAUACAACUACCUGGACCUGUACCUGCCAUGGAACCAUGGCACUGCCAUGCAGAAGGUGUUGCGUAAUGCCUUCAUUGGUAUUGCCGCCUCGUUCGUUUCGGAUGUUUCCAGUAACGGCAUCCGUGUGCUCAAGACCUACCGUCAGACCUACCCGGAACCGAUUGGUUAUUGGGUGGCGUUCUCGAAGAUUCGCGCCGAGUAUGGCCUGUUUGGCUGGCAAGGAUUCUUCUUCCGUGGUCUCCAGACUCGCAUAGUGUCUCACGGUAUUAACUCCAUGGUCUUCACCGUUGCCUGGAAGUACUUCCAGCAGAUGUAGGCAGCAGUCUGCUGCACACGUCAUUGUUGCUGUUGACCUAGCCUCGACACGCAGCAAUGACAGUGCUAUUAUCUGCACCGGCUAAUAGCUGCGCCAGACCCCAGACCCGUCUUAUGCCCGUGAAAGCAUACAGCUGUCUCUUGUGCGUGCGGAGCGAAAGACAACGUAUUCUGCCACGAUACCCACAGUCUUAACCGGCUGUCUGUGUAGCUCAUGGCAACUAUUGAUGUGUUACUGCCUGCAUGUUGGUGAUACUGCCCUUGCGAUACCGCUCCACGAAAUGAAAUAAUCCUGCGUACUUAUUGUUCACUGUCAAGCCUUUUAAACUGAGCGACCUCAUCACGUGUCAUUUCUUCACUUGGGGAGAUUUUUUAAUCUUGUUCUUAAAGACGUUUCCACCUUUAUGCACCUGUUGUGUUUCUUCAUGUACAUUGCUUAGAUGCAAUACGCUUGUCUUUUUUAGUUUUCAUCGCAUUUCCUUUUCUACUUUUUAGGGUGUGAUUUUAGUGUGAGCCCUCCCCCCCCCCCCCCCCUCGCUCUUUCUCUCUAAUUUUAUCCUUCUAAUCCUGCUUUUUCCUUGCCUAUACUAUUCUAUAGCUUUUCGUCUUUUUUGAUAGUUAGUUUAGUGAGUUGAAAACCUCUGAUAAUGUGACCGCUGAAUUUCGUAUAGUUUUAUGUAAAGACUGUUUCAGCGUGAAAAUAAAGCAGCACUGGGUUUGAUGCUAAGCAUUUCACAUGACUGCAGUUGGUUGUUGCUGCUCAAAGUUAGUCUAAACCAGA